CUCGCGCCGCUCGGAGCUCCUCGGAGAAGUCGGUCCCGGCGGUCCUCGGGGCGGCGGGAGUCCUGCCUGGAGGGGCGUGGAGGCUUCACGGCCGUCGUCCUUCCCGUCCUCCUUCCCGCCGGCUCCGGAUGCCUGAGUUACAGGUGACUGAAUUUUCAAGCUGCAGAAUGCAUAGCACCUUACAAGGUUGGCCAUGAUGAGCUCCCCACAGAUGAAGGAAGAAGCUAAGGUGCUGGUUGUUCAAUUUGUGGGCGAUGAUGAUGUCCUCAAUCACAUUUUCGAUAGAGAAGGAGGAACUAAAAUAAAAAAGGAGAAAGCUCAGCUUUUGGUCAAUCCUCAGAAAAUAAUAAAGAAGCCAGAAUGUGAACUGGAGAAGAGUGACCAGGAAGUCCUAAAGGAUCAGAACUACGUGGAAGUUUUGGGAAGAAAUAUUCAAGAAUCCUUGAAAAAUGGCUCUGCUGUAGAUGGGAAUAAAGUUUAUUCUUUUCAAUCCAGAAAACAUUCUGAAGAAAUGACCAAAUUAGCUUUAGAACUAGCAAAAACGCCAAGAAAAGUUGUUGCGGUUGACUCAAAGAAUGAUCCUGACGUUAAGAAGAACGUCCCUCGGCAGAGCAAGGGGCAUUCUACUUCAGAGAAAGUUCAGCAGGAGAACAAUAGCAAAACUGAAUUCCUGUCAACACCACCUCGUAGUCUAAGAAAAAGAAUAAUAGUGCCCGCGUCUCACUGUGACACCGAGAGUGAAUACUCCGCCUCCAGCUCGGAGGAUGAUGGAGAAGAGGACACCACUGCCGUUGGGCUGUCCCAAAAGGGCCCAGCUCAGAGCAGAGGACCCCCAGCUCUUGCUCCCAAGGGGACGCCGCCUAAGAAGAUGAAAAGAGACAAAGCCAGUGACUUGGUAGAAGAAUAUUUUGAAGCCCACAGCAGUUCAAAAGUUUUAACGUCCGACAGAACCCUGCAGAAGCUGAGGAGAGCAAAAGUGGAUCAGAAAACUCUGCGUAAUUUAUUGAGCAAAUUUUCACCUUCCUUUUCUGCUGAAAUUGAACAGUUAAACCAACAGCAUGAGAAGUUGUUUCACAAAUGGAUGCUCCAGCUACACCUCGGGUUCAACAUUGUGCUUUAUGGCUUGGGGUCCAAGAGAGACUUACUAGAAAAGUUUCGAACCACCAUGCUUCAGGAUUCUGUUCACCUUGUCAUCAACGGCUUCUUUCCUGGGAUCAGUGUGAAAUCAAUCCUGAAUUCUAUAACUGAAGAUGUUCUCGGUCAUAUGGGUACUUUCCAGAGUGUUCCAGAUCAGCGAGACUGGAUAAUAAACAAGUUUAAAGAAGAUUCUUCUCUAGAACUCUUUCUUCUUAUCCACAAUUUGGAUAGCCAGAUGUUGAGAGGAGACAAUAGCCAGCAAAUUCUGGGCCAGCUGUCAUCUUUGCAUAACAUGUACCUUAUAGCAUCCAUCGACCACCUCCAUGCUCCUCUCAUGUGGGAUCAUGCAAAGCAGAGUCUUUAUAAUUGGCUUUGGUAUGAAACCACUACAUACCACCCUUAUACUGAAGAAACAUCCUAUGAGAAUUCCCUUCUGGUGAAACAGUCCGGAUCUCUACCCCUGAGUUCUCUGAUUCAUGUCUUAAGAAGCCUCACCCCCAAUGCACGGGGAAUUUUCAGGCUACUUAUAAAGUUCCAGCUGGAUAACCAGGACAGCCCCUCCUACACAGGACUUUCUUUUCAGGACUUUUACCAGCAGUGUCGCGAGGCCUUCCUUGUUAACAGUGAUCUCACUCUCCGGGCCCAGCUGACUGAGUUCAGGGAUCACAAGCUUAUAAGAACUAAGAAGGGAACUGAUGGUGUAGAAUAUUUAUUAAUUCCUGUUGACAGCGGAACAUUGGCUGAUUUCCUGGAGAAGGAAGAGGAGGAGGCUUAGACUGCCUCCUUUAGGUGGAAGAGUCUUGUACCCCAGCUGCCGCUCUUAGUAAGAAUGCUGGUUUACGUCUAGCACUAGAUCAUUCUGUCCAACACACAAGAUUGACUAUUGAAGGCUAUUGAAGGGGCAGAUCAUCAACUUUGAACUUUGAUUAGGCUGGCUGGAUUACUGUCUCUAAUACUGUGCGGUGUCAUCGAGUUGGGGGGAAAUGUGCCUUUAAUUUAUUACCUCUCUGGAGACUUGUUGCUGGAUGAACAGUGUGCUCAGGGAUUAUUUGGAACUGGAUGUUUUGGAUUAUUUUAUACUGAAUGCUAUCCCUAAUUUUUGAGGGCCGUUUAACGCUCCCUGAGCUGAAUUCCUACAAGUGCACUUGUUUCAGAUGUGGAAGCACAAAGAUGGGGUGACAGAGCUCGUCAGGAGGGCGGGCUUCACCUGCUUUCUCUGAAGUGAUAAAGAUGGGGUCACACAGAGCUCGUCAGGAGGGCGGGCUUCACCUGCUUUCUCUGAAGUGAUAAAGAUGGGGUCACAGAGCUCGUCAGGAGGGCGGGCUUCACCUGCUUUCUCUGAAGUGAUAAAGGUAUCCAGUGGGCUGAGAUGGCCCGCUACACAUGCCCAGGACAGGUGGGGCUGUUAAACUGAGGUGGAGGGAGAAGUGUAAGGAACCGAUAGGGCGUGUGCCAACCAACACAGCAUAUUUAGUUCAGUUAGUAUCUACCAUCACCUUGAUUUUAUGAUACAAACGGGAAGCCAGGCUUAAAAAUAAAAUCCCAAUUUACACGUUAAUAAUUGUUCUCAGGACAGCAGAAGAUAAAAACAUUUCACUAUUCUUGUACAUUGACAGUUUUUAUUUUCUUAAACAGCACGCAGGCAUAGCUGGCACACGCCUGUAAUCCCACUGUCAGGACUCAGAGGCAGGCAGACUGCUUCUUUCCUUCCCACACAACAGUAGCAAGACAUGAGCUCACAUUUGUGAUCCCAACACUAGAAGGGGAGGGAGGAAGCACGAGUUCUAGGUCAGUCUGAGCCACAGCGAUGCCUGCUUCAGAAAACAGCAGCCGCUAAAUAAAUGCACAGUGAUCACAUGA